AGGGACUGUUACAAACCAGGAAGCUUUUGCUUCGUCUCAAGCGUAUUGCCUAUUACUUAAUUACUGGAAAAUAACAAACAUUUUUGUGUGUAAUUUUUAUUGUGUGUAUUUAGCAUUCGAUCACAACUAUACAGUUUCGGUGCUGGCAUAUUUAAAGCUUUUCUCUUGAAACAUAGGUCGCUUAUGGCACAGCAAGGUCACAACGAGCUGCUGAAGUGAGAUUAUUUUACACACACGUCGAGCCAAAUGGCAGGACUCAUUAAUUUUGAAGAUGAGAACGAAGUGAAGCAGUUUUUGGAUAAUUUGGGGGUGGAGUACAGCUUCCAGUGCUACAAGGAGAAUGACCCAGAAGGUUGCCAGAGGUUAGCAGACUACUUGGAAGGAGUGAAGAGAAACUUUGAGUCUUCUGCACAAGUUCUGAAACAAAACUGUGAGAAAAACGGCCAUGCAGAGAGCUGCUACAAACUGGGCGCUUACCAUGUCACAGGCAAGGGUGGAGUGACAGAGUGUCUAAAAACAGCCUACUCCUGCUUCCUGCGCUCCUGCAACGCCCAAGGAAAGAAGUCAACCGAUGCCUGUCACAAUGUGGGCCUGUUAGCUCACGACGGACGCGCCAUGGAGGGAGGACCUGACCUCAGUGCGGCUCGACAGUACUAUGAGAAGGCGUGUUCCGGUGGCUUUGCUCCAUCCUGCUUCAACCUGAGCGCCAUGUACAUUGAGGGCAAUUCCAAAGGGGUGGCGCCAGACAUGAAGCUGGCGCUGAAGUACGCCGAUCGGGCUUGUGAGCUGGGACACGUGUGGGGCUGUGCCAACGCCAGCCGCAUGUACAAACUCGGGGAUGGGACGGCGAAGGACGAGAAGAAAGCCGAGUUGUUGAAAAAUCGAGCAAGGGAGCUGCAUGGUUUGCAGAAGGAGAGGCAGCUCAAAUUUGGGGAGUGACAAUGUGAAAUUUGUUUACACACUGUUUGAACUCCUCACAAAUGUCAAGAAAUACUAAAUAUGUUGAAACUCAGCCGCAACUGUCUCUAAUUUGUCUUCCCAAACUAACACCCUGAGCUCUCUUAAAAUGAAGUUACAAA